AGUAAAUAAUAAUUAUUUUAAUUAUGGUUCCGUUCGAAAUGUGAUAAGCUUAGACGGUAGCACGAUGACGGUCGUUAUGCGAAAUUGUUAAAGCUCACCACAAAUCGCCCUAUGUGGCAACAGUGUGCGAAGAGUACUUGGUACUGGAUGCAUCCCAACACCCGGCAGUCGGCAGUCAGCGCGGUGCUUUGGAACAGCUUGGAGAUCGUGAUCGAGGUCGGUGACUGUUGUUGAUGAUGAAUCCGUGCCACUGACACCUAACCUCUCAACAGUGUUGCCGCAUCGCGAAACUUUAAUAAAAUUCUACGAAAACCGCGUAAAAUUCCUGUAAAUGGUCGCAGUAUUAGUGAGUCCCUCGCAAUUCCGAAUGUUUUGUGUGUUAAAUCGCGGCGAUUUUGUCAGGCAACUUUAAUGUGACAAUUCGCGUUGCAGGCGCAUCUGAUCAAAUUCAGGCGCCUUCGUCUUGGUCGAUCGUCGAUAUCACCAGAGCCGGGUCACCUUAGUGAAAUGUGAAACGGGCCGACUGGUCAGGUCCGGCCUCAGACCAUUGCCCAUCGACAUUGAUGCGCAGCGCAUGCGCGGGCCGCGAUCUAGUCUCGCGGCGAAUUCUCGAUCAAUCGGGAGGCUCAGAUGAGGCCACAGUCGUCACUCAGAAAAGCCCUACCUCUCAAAACCAGGACAGACCCGCCAUGAUGGUUUAUCCUGACCCUCAGUGGGCUUGUUCCGCUACCGCACCACUACAGCUCUAUGAUGAUGUCGGUUAUAGAGUCAACGUCGUCGAAGCUUUACAAGAAUUCUGGCAAAUGAAGCAAGCCAGAGGUGCAGAUUUGAGAAACGGAGCUUUAGUCAUUUACGAAUCGGUACCGUCAAACUCUCAACCGUAUGUUUGUUACGUCACCUUGCCGGGAGGUUCUUGUUUUGGCAGUUUCCAGAACUGUCCUACCAAAGCGGAAGCGAGGCGAAGCGCUGCCAAAAUAGCGUUAAUGAAUUCCGUGUUCAACGAACACCCUUCGAGGCGAAUCUCGGAUGAUUUUAUUGAAAAAGCAGUGACCGAUGCGAGGAGCAACUUCAAAGGCGACCCUGAAGAAGCAGAUAAUCCCAACACAGGCAUAGGAGCUUUCAGAUUUAUGUUAGAAUCGAACAAAGGUCGUACAAUGCUCGAAUUCCAGGAAUUAAUGACGGUAUUUCAAUUGUUACACUGGAAUGGUAGUCUCAAAGCGAUGCGAGAACGGCAAUGUAGCAGACAAGAGGUGGUUGCUCAUUAUUCAAACAGGGCUUUAGAUGACAACAUGAGAUCCCAAAUGGCGUUAGAUUGGAUAGCGAGGGAACAAGAAAGUCCUGGUUCACUACGAAAAGAACUAAAUCAAGCCGAAAGGGAACUGGAGUCUGCAAGAUUAGCAGGACGCGAACUGCGAUUCCCCAAAGAGAAAAAAGACAUACUGAUUUUGGCCCAUAGCCAAAUAAACGUGAGUUGAGGCCUCUAGAAUGCGACAUUGUCGUUUAUUGGCCAGUUUGCGAUACAACAUUUUGAGAUGCACCCGAAUCAGAUGGCUUCAAGGCAAACUUUGCUUCAAAACGCUUGGUAACCUUGACUGUCUUAUGUAUUUUAACAUUUACGCUAUUGCAACUUCUCUAAUAGGUAUUUAAAAAUAUAUAUUACUAAGUUAAUAUAUUUACGCUUUUAGGUGAUCUGAUUCUGGUGUCGCUUCAAAACUAACUUUUUGUUUUAGACAGCGCGUCUAAAUAUUUCGUUAUAUUGAGACUGUUUUGUUAUAAUAGGAUUAAAUUACUUUAUAUUUCUUGUCAAUAUACUGUACAGUAACUAGAGCUGUCUUAUUAUUAGGAAUUAUUGUUUACAGAUCUCUUUAUCGCUUUAUUAUCGUUAAAUGUUAUUUAAUUUCGCUAAAACUUAAUUCCGUUAUUUAUUUAUAUAGUUAUUUGAGACACACCGCUGAUUUCUGCCGCUAAAUAUGCGAUGACUGAGUAAGUGCUACUGCUGGAAAAACAAAUAAUAAAAAAGUUUAUUGUAUCUACAUUAAAAAUAAAAA